AGGCAACCACCUCUAGGCCGACAGGGAGACGACGACAGCAAUAGCAUCUGGAGCACCACAAUCGCGGCACAGUACACCCCUCGCCACCGCCACCCCCCCAUCCCCCUCCUCGCACAAAAUGGCAUCUGCGGUCCGGAGCGGCUGCGGCGCCGCCAGGCUGCUGCGUCCCCUCUCCCGCCCCGCGGCGCGCCUGUCGUCCAGGCCGGCCCUGAUGGCGACGUCUGCCGCAACCCGGCGGCCACUCACGGGCUCGGCCGGCUCGAGGCCGGCGCCCUUCUACUCGUGGGAGCCCGAGGGCCCGUCGGUGCGGACCGAGAUCCCGGGCCCCAAGGCGCAGGCGGCCAUCGCGGAGCUGGACCGCGUCUUCGACACGCGCAGCCUCAACAUGCUGGCCGACUACCCGGCCAGCUCGGGCAACUACAUCGCCGACCCGGACGGCAACGUGCUGCUCGACGUCUACGCCCAGAUCGCCUCCAUCCCCGUCGGCUACAACAACCCGGCCCUGCUCGAGGCGGCCCGGAGCCCCGAGAUGCUGCAGGGGCUCGUCAACCGGCCCGCGCUCGGCAACUUCCCGCCCCACGACUGGGCCGAGGUCCUCAGGUCCGGCAUCCUCAAGGUCGCGCCCAAGGGGCUCGACCAGGUCUUCACCGCCAUGGCAGGGUCCGACGCGAACGAGACGGCCUACAAGGCCGCCUUCAUGUGGCGCCGCCAGAGGGAGCGCGGCGGCCGCGACGUGGCCUUUACCGACGAGGAGCUCGAGAGCUCCAUGCGCAACGAGGCCCCGGGCGCCUCGCAGCUGUCCAUCCUGUCCUUCAAGUCGGGCUUCCACGGCCGCCUGUUCGGCUCCCUCUCCACCACGCGCUCCAAGCCGAUCCACAAGAUGGACAUCCCCGCCUUUGACUGGCCCCAGGCCACUUUCCCGAUGCUCAAGUACCCGCUCGAGCAGCACGCCGAGGAGAACGCGGCGGCCGAGGCCGCGUCCCUGGCCGAGGUCGAGCGCCUGAUCCUCAACCACCCGCUCCCGCCCGCCGCCGUCGUCGUGGAGCCCAUCCAGUCCGAGGGCGGCGACAACCACGCCAGCCCGGCCUUCUUCCGCGGCCUGCGCGAGCUCACCCGCCGCCGCGGCGUCCUCCUCAUCGUCGACGAGGUCCAGACCGGCGUCGGCGCCACGGGCCGCUUCUGGGCCCACGACCACUGGGACCUCCCCCACCCUCCCGACAUGGUCACCUUCAGCAAGAAGGCCCAGACGGCCGGCUACUACUUUGGCGACCCGGACCUGCGGCCCAACCUCCCCUACCGCCAGUUCAACACGUGGAUGGGCGACCCGGCCCGCGCCAUCAUCUUCCGCGCCGCCAUCCGCGAGAUUGAGCGUCUGGGGCUCGUCGAGAACACGGCCAGGGUCGGCGACUACCUCUUCUCGCGCCUCGAGCGCCUCGCCGCCAAAUACCCGGCCGAGUUCCAGAACCUGCGCGGAAGGGGCCAGGGGACCUUCAUCGCCUUUGACAACCCGCGCCGCGACCAGUUCCUGGCCCGCGCAAAGUCGUUCGGCAUCAACAUCGGCGGCAGCGGCGCCACCGCCGUCCGCCUGCGGCCCAUGCUCAUCUUCCAGGAGAAGCACGCCGACAUUUUGCUCGACGCGCUCGAGAAGAUUGUCGCCACUUGGUAGAGAAGGAAGGGGAUAGGGAGAAGAGCGAGUGUGUGCUUUUUUUUUGUUUGUUUUGUUUGUUUCUUGUCACGGAAAGCAUCCUAUUUUUAGGCUCCAAGACUCUUUACGGUCAUAUUGGCACGCAUAUCCUUCAAGAUAUUUUUUUUUUCCCCUAAAAAAAAACACUGAAAAACCAAACUUGUUGAUCUGCCCUCACAGAGUGCACCCUUCCAUGACCCCCCCAAUGGUACUGAUCUUUACCAAAGCGCGCAGCAGAUUAUUGCCAAGGUGGGCCAACAGCAUCUCCAGGGUCAAGUAAACCUGAGAAUAGACCGUUGGGAGGGGAGACGAAUUCGACUGGAUUGUCUUCAGAAGCUUUGCUUCGGUUGUUUUUGUCAUCAUAACUGCUCGCAAGACCUAGGGUGUUUGUACUACAUCCCCUCCUUUGCCAUCCUCCCCUCCAGAACGCCAGUGCAAAACAAGAGAAAGCGACAGACACAAGAAAAUAAUCACGUCCUUGUCCUCGCCUCUCGAUUACGUCGCUUUUGCUCGCUGCGAGUCGGCCGAAAAUCCCUCAGGGGCAUUCUCCGGCAAACAAAGCAAUGAAGCAGUACAAACAAGCAUGGCGGGGUACUCGAGCUUGUUUCUAGCGAAUAACGGGACCAAAACCCCCAGCUAUUUAUUGCGGGUCAAGUUCAUCGUCGUCCGGCUGGUCAAAGAGGAAGUUGGCUGCCAGCUCCUCGUUCUUGUCACAUGCAAAGUACGCCUGGAUGGCCUGAUCCCGGUCGAAACCCAGGCGGCAUAGCUGGCAAGGUGAAAAUUUUUGGUUAGCACAAAAAUGCAGUGUUAAAGUGCCGCGCCGGAAAUGGUGAAGGAAGACUAACUCGCUCAAUGGCGUCGCGCUCCUCCUCGGUGACCGAGAUGGCCUGCGCGCCAGGGGGCAGCGGCACGUCAUCAUCAGCGUCCUCGCCCAAGAGACCGAGGAACUGCUCGGGGUUGGCGGCGAUGAGCUGCGCCAGCUGCGGGUUGCCGGCGCCGAGCUGCUGCAGGAUCGGCUCCAGCAUUUGCGGUUGCUGCUGGACGACUUGUCGGAGCUGUUGGAACUGCGCAUUGUUGCGCAGGAAGUCGAGGUUCCCAAAUGCCUGUCCAGCCGCUCCCGCGCCCGCGCCAGCCGCCGCAGCUGCAGCAGCAGCAGCCGCCGCGGCACCGGCACCAGUACCAGCAGUCGCCCCGCGCGAGGCGCCACCACCGCCACCACCGCUACCACGGCCCUGCUGCGCUGCAAGGUCGAAAAGGUUGACCGGGUCGCCG